GGAAAACCCUGCUGGAAACCACCCUGUAAACCUGGAAUGCCAUGCUGGAAACCACCCUGUAAACCAGGAAAACCCUGCUGGAAACCACCCUGUAAACCUGGAAUGCCUUGCUGGAAACCACCCUGUAAACCUGGAAUGCCAUGCUGGAAACCACCUUGUAAACCAGGAAUGCCAUGCUGGAAACCACCUUGUAAACCAGGAAAACCAUGUUGGAAACCACCCUGUAAACCUGGAAUGCCAUGUUGGAAGCCACCUUGUAAACCUGGAAUGCCUUGUUGGAAACCACCUUGUAAACCUGGAAUGCCUUGUUACAAAGACAGUAACUCAAAUGAAAAGCCCUGUGUAGAUGAUUCAUGUGACAGUUCAUCAGAGAGUAGCUCAGACAGCUCAAACAGUGGAGAUAGCAAUUCUAAGGAAAGUAACUCCAAGAGUAAAGAGAGUAAUUCACGAGAAAAACCGUGUGAAGGAGAGUCGUGCAGUAAUUCCAAGGGGAGUAACUCUGAAGAUAAGGAUAGCAAUUCAGAAGAGAAACCUUGCAAAGGAAAGUCAUGCAGUAAUUCCAAAGGGAGUAACUCUGAAGAUAAGGAUAGCAAUUCAGAAGAGAAACCUUGCAAAGGAAAGUCCUGCAGUAAUUCCAAGGGGAGUAACUCAAAUGAUAAGGAUAGCAAUUCAGAAGAAAAACCUUGCAAAGGAAAGUCCUGCAGUAAUUCCAAGGGGAGUAACUCAAAUGAUAAGGAUAGCAAUUCGGAAGAAAAACCUUGCAAAGGAAAGUCCUGCAGUAAUUCCAAGGGGAGUAACUCAAAUGAUAAGGAUAGCAAUUCAGAAGAGAAGCCUUGUAAAGGAGAAUCUUGCAGUAAUUCAAAAGGAAGUAAUUCAAAUGAUAAGGAUAGCAAUUCAGAAGAAAAACCUUGCAAAGGAAAGUCAUGCAGUAAUUCGAAAGGAAGUGAUUCCAUUGAUAAGGAUAGCAAUUCCAAAGAGAAACCAUGUAAACCAGGAAAGCCAUGCUGGAAACCACCAUGUAAACCAGGAAAGCCUUGCUGGAAACCACCAUGUAAACCAGGUAUGCCUUGCUGGAAACCACCAUGUAAACCAGGAAAACCUUGCUGGAAACCGCCAUGUAAACCAGGAAAGCCUUGCUGGAAACCACCAUGUAAACCAGGUAUGCCUUGCUGGAAACCACCAUGUAAACCAGGAAAACCUUGCUGGAAACCACCAUGUAAACCAGGAAAGCCUUGCUGGAAGCCACCAUGUAAACCAGGUAUGCCUUGCUGGAAGCCACCUUGUAAACCAGGUAUGCCUUGCUGGAAGCCACCUUGUAAACCAGGCAAACCCUGCUGGAAACCACCUACAAGACCACCAUGUAUACCAGGUAUGCCCUGUUGGAAACCAUCUACAAAACCACCUUGUAGACCAGGUAUGCCUUGCUGGAAACCAUCUACAACUCCACCCUGUAGUCCAGGUAUGCCUUGCUGGAAACCAUCUACAAAACCACCCUGUAGUCCAGGUAUGCCUUGCUGGAAACCAUCUACAAAACCACCCUGUAGGCCAGGUAUGCCUUGCUGGAAACCAUCUACAAAACCACCCUGUAGGCCCGGUAUGCCUUGCUGGAAACCAUCUACACAACCACCCUGUAGGCCCGGUAUGCCUUGCUGGAAACCAUCUACAAAACCACCCUGUAGGCCAGGAAUGCCCUGCUGGAAACCACCAACAGAUGCACCAUGUAGACCGGGUAUGCCUUGCUGGAAACCACCUACAAAACCACCUUGUAAUUGUACCAAACCUGGUAAACCUGACAAAUGCUGUAAACUUCUAGUGCCCAAGAUUUCUAUUGAUAUUAACAUCGACUGGGACCUAGACAGUAUAAAGGACUGCCCCUGGCAUGGCAAGCUGACAGAGAUUCUUGGACUGGCCAAGUAUAGUCACAUACAUCAGCAGAUCGACCUUGCUGAAAUUAACAAAGUUGUCAAACAAGGACUGGAAGAAGUAAAUAAUAUUGGAGUGACAGAUGAAAUGCUGCCAAGAACAACAGAAUUGCCAACAACUACAGAAGAACCCUAUCAGUGCUACAUAUGCGAUGGCGAUGACUGCGACCAGCAUCAGGUGUCAUUCUGUUCAGAGAAUCUGUGCGCCACUACAGUGACUCAAAACGAGGAUGGACAGAGAAUUCAAACAAAAACUUGUGGUUCCCUUGACGUCUGCAACAAUGAAUGGUGGCUGAAGACGGCUGGAAACAACGACUGUUUCUUUCUGGAUCCAAAUAAUGACGGACCCCCUGGCCUACCCAUGACUUGUACAUUCUGUUGUGUUGGCCCUCAGUGCAACUCUGGAUUCUUGCCAAAAUCCAACCAGUUUUAUGUUAAAAACUAAGACCCCUAAAGCUAGAAUUGACAUGACUGAAAUA